GGCGCUUUACGGCUACCGUCAAGUGCGGAGCUAGGCCAGCGGGCGGGGCCGAGUGGCUGCCAUGGCGGCGGCGAGUCGGCUCCCCAGCACCUGGGCGCUCCUGGUGCCGCUGCUUGUGGGGCUCGCGCUGCUAUUAGUCGGGCCGGCCCCGGCGCGGGCGCUGCACAACGUCACGGCCGAGCUCUUUGGAGCAGAGGCCUGGGGCACGGUAGCGGCCUUCGGAGACCUCAACUCCGACAAGCAGACGGACCUCUUCGUGCUACGGGAAAGAAAUGAUUUAAUUGUCUUUUUGGCAGACCAGAACGCACCCUAUUUUAAACCCAAAGUAAACCUAUCCUUGAAGAAUCACAGUGCAUUGAUAACCAGUGUAGUCCCUGGAGAUUAUGAUGGAGAUUCACAAAUGGAUGUCCUUUUGACGUAUCUUCCCAAAACUCAUGCCAACAGUGAUUUGGGAGUUGUUAUCUUCUGGGGACAAAAUCAAACAUUAGAUCCUAACAAUAUGACCAUACUCAAUAGGACCUUUCAAGAUGAACCACUAAUUAUGGACUUCAAUGGUGAUUUAAUUCCAGAUGUAUUUGGUAUCACAAAUGAAUCCAACCAGCCACAGAUACUACUGGGAGGGAAUUUAUCAUGGCACCCUGCAUUGACCCCUAAAAACAAAAUGCGAGUUCCACAUUCUCAUGCAUUUAUUGAUCUGACUGAAGAUUUUACUGCAGAUUUAUUCCUCACUACACUGUCUGUCUCUGAUACCAUCCAGUUUGAGAUAUGGGAAAAUUUGGAUGGAAAUUUCUCUGUCAGUAGUACACUGGAACAACCUCAAAAUAUGAUGGUGGUGGGACAGUCAGCAUUCGCAGACUUUGAUGGGGAUGGACACACAGAUCUCUUACUGCCAGGCUGUGAAGAUAAAGAUUGCCAGAAAAGCAUUAUCUACUUAGCAAAAUCUGGAAAAAAGCAGUGGAUCCCAGUGCUACAGAAUUUCAGCAAUAAGGGCACACUCUGGGGCUUUGUACCAUUUGUGCAUGAACAACGACCAACGGAAAUACCACUUCCGAUUACCCUUCAUAUUGGAGACUACAACAUGGAUGGCUAUCCAGAUGCUCUUGCCAUACUGAAGAAUACAUCUGGAAGUAAUCAGCAGGCCUUUUUACUGGAGAAUGUCCCUUGUAAUAAUGCAAGCUGUGAGGGGGCACAUCGUAUGUUUAAAGUCUACUGGGACCUGUCGAACCUAAAUCAAAUCAGAGAUGCCAUGGUUGCCACCUUCUUUGACAUUUAUGAAGAUGGAAUCUUAGACAUCGUAAUACUAAGUAAAGGUUAUACAAAGAAUGAUUUUGCCAUCCAUACACUGAAAAAUAACUUUGAAGCGGAUGCAUAUUUUGUUAAAGUCAUAGUUCUCAGUGGUCUCUGUUCUAAUGACUGUCCUCGUAAGAUAACGCCCUUUGGAGUAAAUCAACCUGGACCAUAUAUCAUGUACACAACUGUAGAUGCAAAUGGUUAUCUGAAAAAUGGUUCAGCUGGACAACUCAGCCAGUCAGCACAUUUAGCUCUCCAACUACCAUACAGUGUGCUUGGUUUAGGUCGAAGUGCAAAUUUUCUUGAUCAUCUUUAUGUUGGUAUACCCCGUCCAUCUGGAGAGAAGUCUAUACGAAAACAAGAGUGGACUGCAAUCAUUCCAAAUUCUCAGCUAAUUGUCAUUCCAUUCCCUCACAAUGUUCCUCGAAGCUGGAGUGCCAAACUCUAUCUCACACCAAGCAACAUUGUUCUACUCACUGCUAUAGCUCUAAUCGGUGUCUGUGUUUUCAUCUUGGCAAUCAUUGGCAUUUUACAUUGGCAGGAAAAGAAAGCAGAUGACAGAGAAAAACGACAAGAAGCCCAUCGGUUUCAUUUUGAUGCUAUGUGACCUGCCUUUAAUAUUACUUAAUGGAAUGGCUAUUCACCUGAUUAAAUAAAUUCUGGCUUAUAGAAGAAAUUAGGGAUUGUUUUGAAUGUUAUUUAUAAAUGAUGCAUCCCUUGGUAAUUAUUGGAAAGUAUUUGAAUAAAUAUGGUCUGAAUGUGCCACAAGUUUUUUUUUUUCCUCAAGCACUUUGUAUAAAAUAAUUUUGGUUCUUUAUUGAGUGGUGGUGUAAAUUUUUGUCCCUUUGUGAAAUGUGUUGCAUGUACUUAGGUGUUCAUAUAUUUAUAAUCUUACUCAAAUAAGGAUGAUGGAAAAAGAAAUGUGUAAAUAAAAAUAUUAAAAUG